AGUCUUUUCGUCUGGCGCGCUGUUUGCACACGCCGGCGCUCCGCGACGCUUUCAGUUUUUUUUCUCGUCACUAUCAUUUCGACGUUUCCCAAUUUACUUCUCCUCUCUACGUUUCUCCGUCGGCCGUCACCUCGCCGCGUUCGCCGGUCGCCGUCCGCGCACGUUAAGUCCUUUUCGAUUUUUUUUUUUUUUUUAAAAAUCGUCGUUACGGGUUCGAAAUUUCCGCGGCCAGAAAUAACCGAACGCGCGCGCGACACUCGGUCGGCACGGCCGGUAGUACAGCUGUAGUCGCCGUGUUCUACGGUCCUCCGAUCGGUUUUUGCCUGUCCGUUUCUGUCCGUCUACCUUCGCCGAAAUAAUAUCUCUCUCGCAUAGGUCUAUUAGGUUUUCCUCUCUUCGAGGCGGCCACCACCCACCACCUCCGCCACUGCUGCGCCACGUUCUACGGUCGCGUUUUCCGCACGACCAACAGGUAUUGCCGGCUUUCCAACGGUGUUUCUUCUUCGCGAAUACCGCCGAUCGCCGAUUUCGGUCGAUGUCGAUCAACCCGUCGUCGUCGCGUUGCUGUUGUUGCCGUUGCUCGUCGACGAUGUGAGAUUGGAAAUAUUUUUUUUUCAAAUCUCUACUGUUUCCCGCCACUUUCUCGCCGUCAAUAUUGAUAUCGUUUGAGAACGUGUAAGAAUCAUUUCAACGAGGAGUGAGUAUUGAACUGUCCGUCGCCGUCGUGUUUUCUUCGCCCUCGUCUUCGGUGGAGAAAUACGACCGUCUUCGAUAAGCCAAACAGAAUUCCAAGAAGCAGUGAACGGCGCCGUUCUGCGGACCCUAACGCCGCCGCCGACAACAUGGGUCGUAAGAAAAUACAGAUAUCACGGAUCACCGACGAACGCAAUCGCCAGGUUACGUUUAACAAGAGAAAAUUUGGCGUAAUGAAAAAAGCAUAUGAACUGAGUGUUUUAUGCGAUUGUGAAAUUGCUUUAAUCAUAUUCAGCAGCUCUAAUAAAUUGUAUCAAUAUGCUAGUACAGACAUGGAUAAAGUGUUGCUCAAAUAUACAGAGUACAACGAACCUCAUGAAUCGCUCACCAAUAAAAAUAUUAUCGAACAAUUGAACAAAAAAGAACUUAAAGGUGGUGCUUUGAGCCCCGAAAGCCCAGAUGAAAGUUGUGAUGGUACACAAGGACCAUACCAACUUACACCCAGAACUGAAGCAAAAUACAGUAAAAUUGACGAAGAGUUCCAGCUAUUAAUGCAACAUCAAAGAAUGGCUAGAAAUAAUGUAAGUGCUAACUAUUCACUUAACACUACUAUGCCUGUAAACAACAUGUAUAAUGACUCUGGGAACAACUUACAACUGCAACAUAACGCUAGCCCAAGACCUCCAUCUUCGUCUGAUGCUGAUUCCGUUUACCCUCCGGGUAGUAUGUUGGAAAUGAGUAAUGGAUACCAAGCAUCUUCAUCGCCUGCACUAGUCAAUUCACCUUCUUCUCCGGGACAACUAGUCAUGUCACCAUCGCCUACGCCUAAAGCCUUAAAUGCUUCUAAUAGAGCUACUCCACCGCCUAGACACCAUUCACCUAGGCCCAAUUUGCGUAUAGUCAUGCCCAAUGCUCCUAGUCAUCAUGAAGAUAAUAAUGCAAACUCCAUUAAUACACCAACUGUCUCUCUAAACACACCAGUUGUAGCGCUUCAUACACCAGGAUUGGGAGGCUCAUAUCAUGGGAUUUUUACUGAUCUUACGUCUACUGACAUGGGUCUUUCAUCAGCAUUAAAUUGGUCUAAUCAACUAGCACACAACAGUGGAAUGUCUCACCUAGGAGUACCAAAUUCAUCACCACCUUCUUCACCAUCACCAAAUUCCGUCCGCAUUAAAAGCGAGCCUAACUCACCACCACAUUUACAUCACCAUACGUCUUCAGCAACCUCUGGAUCAGCUCCUAACACUGUUGUUUCACAUUCUAUCAGUCAUUUAUCUUUACCACAUGCUCACACUUCGAUACCGUCCCAUCAUUUGUCAGUCACAGAACGUUUUAUACUAGGCGGACAGUUGCCCAGUAACCAGAGCUUAGUAGAUUCAAGACAUGACUUUGAAGGAGGACCACCACCAAAAAGAUUGCGCGACACUUGGCCAACAUGACUAAAUUGUUAAGUACAGAUGACAUCACACUGCUACUUCAUCCAAAAUAUUUUUCUUGAACAUAUAGAUUAUUUAUUUUAUAUUUAUGGACCGCAUGACUUCUACUCUCUAUUCAGGACAAUUUAUGACUUACAUUAAGUAACUAAAUUAUUUUUGAAAAUUCCUUUUUUUUUUUUAUCCCAUAUUUUUCAUUUUUGUUUUUUCAUUGUUAAUUCCAUAACAUAUCUUGACUAUGUUUUAACAUUUGUAAAUAAAUUUGUAUUUAUUACUUCUAUUUUGUCAGUUAUGAUAAUAUGCUGAUCCAAAUACAUAUUACAAAAAGUUAAUGUCUAGUCCUGUUACAAUAGAAUGUAGGCUACAUUUACUAGUCAAUAUAACAAUAAGACAAAAUUGAUUAUAUCGGCCAAAAUUCAAUUAUAGACUAAGUAAAUAUUAUAUUGUUGUUAAAUUACACUAACAUAUUUUAAAUUAGUUGUUUUGUUUGUUAAAUAACAUUUGAGAGUAAAUUUAAAUUAAAAUUACACAAAUUGUAUGUACAUUAUUGUUGUGUGAUCAUAUAGUAG